UGUUCCUUUCCUAUGGAAGAGAUUCCAUUCUCACCCACAGGUAUAUGGUUUUGUGGCUUUAAUAGACCCAAAGUUUCUCACAACAACCCUGACAUCCCUCUAAGGGGCCCAAAUUCAACACCACUUAAAACCACAUAUCCCAUAAAUAACCUGGUCCUUUAUUUUUUACUGGUUUUAUUCUGAGAACUUUGUCCCCAGUUGUCUGACAAACUAUCUUAUUUUAUUAAAGAGAUCUAGAUCCUUUUUUUUAGAUCCCCCAAAACAUCAUCCUUCCCCAGCCAGUCCUGCUUUGAUAGGCACUGUGAGGCUAGAGUUGAUAUCACAAUAUCCCUUUUCUGAAGAUGUUAUGUACCUAAUGGGCGGGGCAGGGGGAGGGGCAGCCCUGGGAGGAGUUGUCAGAACUUAGCUCACCUUUAACCAAGUAUGAAUCAGUAGCCAAGACAGGCCUCAGUUGGGCCAUAUCUGGAGAGCUGGGGUGGGGGAACAACACCACAAAAUAUCUGGCCCAAGCCCAAACCCUCACUUCAUCACAGGCAACAAGGAAACUAGCCAGUGACCUGAGAAUACAACAGCUGAGACGCAGGCCAGCAGAAACAUUUGUCUACCCUCACCCCUCUGUCCCUGCAUCUACCUGCUCCCUACCUGCCCACCAGCUAGGGCCCAUGCCGCAUGUCACCGCCCGAACACUCAGGAUGGCCCAGAGUGGGCGUCUAACAAAUCCAUCUGCAGACAAGGAUAUCUCUUUGAGUGUCACUCGAGUAACAGUGAAGACACCAGGCAAGCAGCAAGACUUUAUGGUAGCCGAUGACACCUCGGUGAGGCAGUUCAAGGAGAAGCUAUCAGCUCAUUUCAAAUGUCAAAUUGACCAGCUAGUACUGGUCUUCAUGGGUCGCCUUCUCAGAGACCAUGACACACUGAGACAGAGGGGCAUCCUGGAUGGCCACACCAUUCACUUGGUCAUCAAAUCCAAGCAUAGCUCCCAACCCCUAGCCCAUUCCUCCUGGAACCUGCCAACCAAUGAGCCCUGCCACUGGGGUAGAAACACCAAAGGAAAUAGCAGUGAGGUACAUCAGCCUGCUGGCAUGAGUCAAGCCCCAUUGGAAUCACCCCUCUUUGUGGAGCCAGAGAUGCCCAAAGUGAAGACCCAGAACCUGGAAGUGUGCAGUCCUGGGCACAUGGAACACAUGUUGGAUAAUUCUAGCACCCAGCAGCUUCUGUCCAACACAGAUUUCGUGAGGCAGUUCGUCUCAGAACAUCCAGAGAUGCAACAAUUGAUGCAGCAGAACCCAGAGGUUUCCCACAUCCUUGACAAUUCUGAGAUCUUAUGGCAGACUCUGGAGCUGGCCAGGAACCUUGCCAUAAUCCAAGAGAUAAUGCAGAUUCAACAAACUGCACAGAACCUUGAGCAUCCACAGAACUCACAGCCAUUUCUGGGCUUAGAGAAAGCUCUGGGUGGAGACAACGCCCUAGGUCAGAGCUGUGCUGAUUUCAAUGACCAAAUGUCCAACAACUUGCAAGAUACCUUUGGGGGCAACCUUUUCACAGCUCUCUUGUCAGGACAAGUGUCAGAACAAGUCCAGCCCUCACCUUUACCUCCACCACCAUCCCAGGAAUGGCGGGACCAACUUCCACAGCUACCUACAACCCGGGUUAUUUAUACCAGUUCAUGUGGUUUAUCCUCAGCCAAUGGAACCCCCAGCAGGGUGAACCAUACUGGCAGGGUCAGCGCUGCUACCAUCUCCACCAAGGGCCGAAGCCAUACCUGUGCCAUUCAGCAGCCAGUUGGGGUGCCAGCCUUACCCAGCAUAGAACCCAUUCAGCAGCACCAGGCAGAAGGCAAGGAUGACAUCUCUCUAAGUGAGUCUGACCAGAGACUGGAGGAUGAUCUGCAGCUGUCAGAUGAGCAGACCAGCUCCCAGAUUACAGGGAGCAUGACACAGCUGCUUAUGAACAACCCUUGCCUGGCAGCCCAAAUGAUGCUGUUUAUGAGUAUGCCCCAGCUGAGUGAACAAUGGAGGCAGCAGAUGCCCACAUUCCUGCUGCAGACACAGCUUUCUGACUUGCUGGUACCCCUAGCCAACCCUAAAGCAUCACAGGCAAUACUGCAGAUUGAGCAGGGUCUACAGUUGCUGGCCACAGAGGCUCCUGUUCUUCUACCCUGGGUUGCACCCUACCUAUGGGGUCUGGGUUGGCUUCCUGACCCCAGCUGCAGCUACCCUGACAUGACACCCUUGUCCUGGGAUGUGCCAGACAUGGCUGACCCCAAAGGGCCUGAGGGCUGCCAUAAAUCUGGAGCAGUCCUGCAGAGGCUACAAUCCCUAGCUGAAGAACCCUCUCAAUCUCUACAAGCUCCUGAGAUUCGCUUUAGCAAGCAGAUGAAAUCUCUCCAGGCCAUGGGCUUUGGCAACCAUCAUGCCAAUCUGCAGGCACUCAUUGCCACCAAAGGAGACACCAGUGCUGCUAUCCGCAAACUCAAGAGAUCCCAGGGAUUCUAA